CUUUUGUGUUUAUUCAGUUAUGGUGCUUCCACUUCAUGUUAUACUGCCAUGUUUAAACAGAAAUAACCUACUAAUACGUACGACAAAACAGGUGUCUACAAGAUAAUCAAGAUAACCGAUCAUGUGUAUUAGUUUCAGUUUGUUUCAAGUGACGCAGACAUGAGACUUCGGAAGUUCUUACCAUACCCCCACAGGGAAGGGACGUAUAGCUUCUAAAUUAUAGAUAUAACCACAGGUGCCUGACUCGUUUUAUAAAAUAAUAACAUUUUAUAUGUACUCUAUAUGUUAUUAUUUUAUAAAACGAGUCAGGCACCUGUGCAUGGGCCUAUAUUUAUAUAUCAGCAGGCACAUGUAUAAUCAAGACAGUAUUUGCAUACACAAUAUGUAUAUAAUACAUGUUGCAUAUUGGUUUUUCCUAUUUUUAUACAAUUUUAACUUUCCCUCACAUUUUCGUUCAUUUCCCUGAAUUAUGACUGUGCAAUUGUAUUUAUUACCCAAGUAGAUUUCCCUUGGUCCCUUAAUUCUACCUUUUUAAUUUUGACUUGGAUCAGGAAAACAAAAUGUUGACAGGCAGGCAUAAUAGAUUUUUAACAAUUGGAAGUUUGAUAUUGCUAUUUCUCGAGAAUUACAGUACUUGACAGAUAUGUCCUUAAAUUGAUGAGUAUAUAUAGGUACCUUGGUCCUUAGUUGUCCCAGUUCAAUUUUGAGCCAGAUCUGGAUAUCAAAAUAGCUGACAUGGAGCCAUCUAACCAGGUUAAAGGACACAAAGAUGUGAGGGACUACAAUAAAAUGGGACACUACCACUGAGAUGGUGGAUAUUAACAGUUGAGUCCUAGCUAUAUAUAUAUAGCUGGCCUUAAUUGUCACAAUGCAACCAGAGGACAUUACAAACAAACCAUACUUCUUCUCUAACUUCAGGAACACUGCUGAGGUUUCAGAGUUUCUGAAGCUGAAAGCUAAGGGCGCAGCAGGAGUAUUCCUUGUGCGACCAAGUUUUAAGAACCCUCAAAACCUUACUGUGUCUGUAGUUGUGAAGGAUAAGACGGUGCGCCACACUAACAUCAUAGUGGACAACACACAAAGCUGUCGUACCUACUACCUUGUGAAGGAAAAGCAGUUUUGCAAUUUACAAGAUUUGCUGGAAUAUUACAGAACAAAUGAUGUUAAGAAUCUGGAAAAGGUGAACCAUGUUCGGUUUUUGAGCCCUGUGCUGCGGCCCAACAGAGGAAGCAGUCAAGAUGACAGCUCCUCCAACUCAAGUAGUACAUUUCAUCAACCACAAUCUCCUGUCCAACUUCCUACUAACAGACCACCCCUCCCAGAACGUCCAGCGACCCUCCAGCGUCGCCUUGGUAGCGUUAGCAGCCAGAGCUCUUUGUUGAAUGCAUCUUCCUCUAUGCAAGAAUUAUCUCCAAUGGGUUACCCUAUGAGCCCACCAAACGUAUUUGCUGCAGGUUUCUUCCAGGACUCAUUUUCACCUUCCGCGCCUGGUACAAUUGAAGAUCGGCCUCCCGCACCUCUUCCGGGAGGUCACAAGACAGGAGGACUAUAUUACUCAACCCCAAGGGAUGUGAAUGAGGAUAUCAGUGAUAGACUGAAAGAAGUUUUAAAACAAAAUGACCGCUGUGACUGUGGGAUUCCUCGUGACAUGGCUGACAUGCCUCAAGGUUGGACUGUGCACAAAAGUAAAGAUGCUGGUACCUAUGGUAGACUUUUUUUUCAAAACGUUCAAGGUGUGACUACCUGGAAGAUUCCUCUUGAGGUUCAACAGUGUAUGACAGUGCAGCAAAAUUAUAAUAUCAGAACCCUUACUGAAAUGUUUUCAAACCAGCGGCAAGUAUCUUCAGGUGGUAUGCACACCUACCUGGAGUCCCCUGCCAACUCCACAGGAAGUGAUGCCAGUGACUUUAGGUCAAAUUCUGGGCGCAGGGCCAACAUUGCUGUGUUUAAUGGUCAGAAUCCAAACAUAAGCUCCACAAAUUUCUGAUCUGAUGAUCCACCAUUUACUUGAUACAAUGAAGAAAACAAGAAAUGUUACAUUUCUGUUGAAUAUGAUGUAAUACAUAUAUUUUUUACUAUGUAUAUUUCAGUUUAUUGGAAAUUUUUCACAACACUGACCAUGUAAAGUUUUAACAUACAUCAAUUCUGUUGGCAUCGAUCUGUUGAAUUCAUCAUGGUAGAAAAUUGUACAAGGAGCUUGCUACACGUAUAGCAUAUAUAUAGAUUUUUAUGAUAACAGGCCAAUAAUUCACGGUGCAUAGAUAUAUAAAUUUCCUUAAGUAAGCCAGUUUGUAAUAAUUGGACAUUUUAUAUCUUGGUGCUUUGAUUUAUUAACACAAAAAUAUGGCUCAUACUAAAGCAUCGUAAAUUUCAACAAUGUGUUUUACUCACAGUAAAUUAGAACAAUUUCCUUCAGCUUGUAAAAUUACUUAUUAUGUCUGAUUUUACUUAAUAAUGGCCAUUUGACUGGGUUCUGUUAGGGCUAUUCCAUUAAAAUAUCUACCUGACCCCAGGAGUCCAAAAUAAAUCACUUCUAUCCAUGGUUGAAUUUCUAUAAGAUCUAGUAAUUUAUUCAAUAAAUUCUAUGGGUGGUACCCCUUAACAAAGCCUGGAGUCCUGGAGUGGGAGAGAGGUUUUACUGGAAUAGCCCUAAUUAUCUGUUCUUGAUCAGUCACUUAAAAAUUAAUUGUGAUACAUGUAUAUGUAAGCAAUGUUAGAGUUCAACUGAAUGUAUGAUGUCGUGUGGUGGUCACAGCUACUUAUACUCAUUACAGAUUAAUUCUUUGAUAUCUUUAUUUUAUGUAUUUUAAUUGCAUAAUUUGUUAAACAUUUGUUUUUGAAGAUGUAUAUAUAUUGUUAUUUUUGUGAUCAAAUACCUAUAAACUGCGACUUUUUUUCUGUAUAGUUGAAUCGUGGAAGAUAAAUGUGACCUGUAUGAAUUAAGUUGUUGUAUUAUAAGAGAGGUUGUAAAUGACCAUUUUUAAAGGUGUUUAUUAAUACAUCAGACUUGUUCUUAUCACAUUGUGAGAACAUAGAUUACAGAAUAUUGGAUUAUUUUAAUGAAACCUUUUUGUCUAGAGUUUUGGGUGAUUCAGUUUAAUGGUGUCAUUUACAUAAAACAGAGAUCUGUUCUGCUACCUUAUAAACAGAUUUGUAAAUAUUUCGGUGAUUAUGAUUUCUCCCAUUAUUAUUCUCUUGUGUCC